GCUGGCGCUGAUAUAUCAAUGAUUGGCCAGUUUGGAGUAGGUUUCUACUCGGCGUUUUUGGUGGCGGACAAAGUUAUUGUGGCUUCAAAGCACAACGACGAUGACUGCUACCAGUGGGAAUCGUCUGCUGGCGGUAACUAUUUUUAUGUUGGAUACACCAUUUUGCACUGGAUUUGCUAUUUAUCCGUUCUGUCUUCUCUGUACCUUGGUGCCUAG